CUCUUCUUUUAUCAAGCAACUCACCAAAACCAAAAUCAUGGCCAUCACCAAGAUCCACGCCCGCUCCAUCUACGACUCCCGCGGCAACCCGACUGUCGAGGUUGACCUGACCACCGAGAAGGGCCUGUUCCGCGUCGCGGUGCCGUCCGGCGCAUCGACUGGCGCGCACGAGGCACUCGAGCUCCGCGACAAGGACAAGUCCAAGUGGAUGGGCAAGGGCGUCAACACUGCCGUCAACAACAUUAACACGAUCAUUGCGCCUGCGCUCAUUGCGGCCAACCUCGACGUUGCCAACCAGCGCGCUGUCGACGACUUCCUCCUCAAGCUCGACGGCACCGAGAACAAGUCCAAGCUCGGCGCCAAUGCCCUCCUCGGCAUCUCGCUCGCCAUCGCCAAGGCUGGCGCUGCCCAGAAGAACGUGCCUCUCUACCGUCACAUUGCCGACCUCGCCGGCCGCAAGGAGCUCGUCCUGCCCGUGCCCGCUUUCAACGUCAUCAACGGCGGUGACCACGCUGGCAACAAGCUCGCCAUGCAGGAGUUUAUGAUUCUGCCCACUGGUGCUUCGUCCUUCACCGAGGCCAUGCGCAUGGGCGCCGAGGUCUACCAGCACCUGAAGCUCGUCAUCAAGGAAAAGUACGGCCAGGACGCCACCAACGUCGGCGACGAGGGCGGCUUUGCCCCCAACAUUCAGGACGCUCGCGAGGGCCUCGACCUGCUCAUUGUCGCCAUCGAGAAGGCUGGCUACACUGGCAAGGUCAAGAUUGGCAUGGACUGCGCCGCGUCCGAGUUUUACAACGACGAGGGCAAGUACGACCUCGACUUUAAGAACCCCAACUCGGACAAGUCAAAGUGGCUCUCUGGCGAGCAGCUCGGUCAGCUCUACCGCGACUUCCUCCAGGCCUAUCCCAUCGUUUCCAUGGAGGACGUUUUCGCCGAGGACGACUGGGCGACCUGGUCGAGCUUCCUCCCCACUGUUCAGACCCAGAUUGUCGGCGACGAUCUGACCGUCACCAACCCCAAGCGCAUCCGCACCGCCAUCGACCAAAAGUCAUGCAACUGCCUGCUCCUCAAGGUCAACCAGAUCGGCACCAUCUCUGAGAGCAUUGACGCCUGCCUGCUCGCCUACAGCGCUGGCUGGACGGUCAUGGUCAGCCACCGCAGCGGUGAGACGGAGGACACCUUCAUUGCCGACCUCGUCGUCGGUCUCGGCACUGGCCAGAUCAAGACUGGUGCUCCCUGCCGCUCCGAGCGUCUUGCCAAGUACAACCAGCUUCUCCGCAUCGAGGAGGAGCUCGGCGCCGCUGCCACCUUUAUUGGCGAAAAGUUUACCCGCAAGAACAACUAAAGUUUUAAAACCAAAACAAGCCAAAAAAACAAGCAAAAAAAAAAAAAAAAAAAACCGCGUAGAUGGCCGUGUUUGGUGGUGUUAUCAAAAAUAAAAACAAAAGCAGUCAUAAGA